CCUGAUUAUGAGGUUCGCGGCGGAUCGUUUUCAAUUCUACCUUUCAAAUUCGACUCGCUUCGUAUUUCCUUAUUAACGAACUCGCGGCGAAGCGAAAGUAGUUCUUCCUAUAUUCCAGUGAUUUGACACUUUGGUUUGACUUUUUCUCUCUAUAUUCCAGUGAUUUGACACUUUUGGUUUGACAGCUUUCCACAAAUUUUGUUUUGUUUUGAUUGAAUUUGUGAAAUUUGCGGUGAUUUAUUUAAUAAACAAUAUUAAAAUUAAAAAAUGGAAUCAAUUAUGGUGUAUAUUUAUUCUGAAAGUGAGGAAUUUGAGGAAUCCUCAAGAUUACGGGUGUCCAGGAGACUACUAAGGAGAAAAUCUUCUCCUCUGGAUCUCCCUUCAACUGAAUUUAUCAAACUAUUUCGACUUUCGAAAGAAGCUUUUAUCUUCAUUUUGCAAGAGAUCAGUGAGGAAUUCAAGGAUCAGAACAGCAACGGCAUUCCUUCAAUUUUAAAGCUUGCCGCUACUAUGAGAUUUCUUGCUGAGGGAUCGUACCAAAAAGGAGUUGGACAAGACGUACUGCUUGGAAUGGCACAACCAACAGUCUCAAACGUUUUGUCUGAAACUCUUAAAAUUCUUGAGAGAAAGUUGUGCCCAAAAAUGAUAAAUUUAAAAAUGAAUGAACAGGAAAAGCUAGAAGAAAAAACAACAAUCUAUGAAAAUAGUGGUUUUCCUGGGGUUAUAAUGUGCGUUGAUGGAACGCAUGUAAGCAUUAUACGUCCUACAACAAAUGAACACCAUUUUUACAACAGAAAAGGAUAUCAUAGCUUAAAUGUAAUGGUGGCCUGUGACCACAAAAUGAGGAUAACCUGCGUUAAUCCCAGUUACGGGGGAAGUUCUCAUGACUCUGUUGUGUGGUCAAUGAGUAAAGAGGGAGCUUUUAUGGAAGAACAAUUUAGACAUGGGGAUAGCAGCAAGAUUCUCGGUGACGCUGGUUAUGCCUUAGAGCCAUGGAUGAUGACACCGUACAGGGCAGCUGUAAGUGGAAGUCGUGAAGCGAAUUUCAAUCCAGUUCACUCCAAGUGUCGAAACGUAAUUAAACGAUGUUUUGGCCUGCUGAAGGGAAGGUUUUUUGCAAUCUAGACAGUUGCAUUAUCGUCCGGAGAAGGCUGCACGCAUUGUAAAUGUAUGUGCUAUGUUGCACAAUGUGUGUAUAAAGUUUAAUACCCCUUUGGAUGAAGAAUUUCAAUCACAAGUCAUGGAUGAUGUCUCAGACUUAGU